GCUGCCAGCUGAGCAUUUGCUGCUUUGAGUUUCAGUUUCCUUUCUUUCCUAGAGUCUCUGAAGUCAGGGAUCUUUUAAGAAACUUCUGUCCCCAAACCGUGGCUGCUCAAUAAAUCAGACAGAACAGCUAAUCCUCAAUUUAAGCCUGAUUCAACUCUUAGAAACAGAUCUAGAACAAUGGAAGUGACAACAAGAUUGACAUGGAAUGAUGAAAAUCAUCUGCGCAAGCUGCUUGGAAAUGUUUCUUUGAGUCUUCUCUAUAAGUCUAGUGUUCAUGGAGGUAGCAUUGAAGAUAUGGUUCAAAGAUGCAGCCAUCAGGGAUAUACUAUAACAAUGACUUACAUUAAUGAAAAUAUGAUUGUAGCCUUUGUGCUUGGAAAUUAUACUAAUUUAUGUGAAAGUUCGACAGAGCCAAAUGAUUCCCUGUGGUUUUCACUUCAAAAGAAAAAUGACACCACUGAAAUAGAAACAUUACUCUUAAAUACAGCACCAAAAAUUAUUGAUAAACAACUGGUGUGUCAUUUAUCGAAAAAGAAUAUUUUCAUUAUAUGUCCAGAUAAUAAAAUUUAUCUAGAUAAAAUGAUGACAAAAAACUUGAAACUAAGGUUUUAUGGCCACCUUCAAUUUUUGGAGUGCGAAGUUUUUCGAGUUGAAGGAACUGAGUAUAACCUAGGCUGCACAAAGAGGAUAUUGAAAGCCAGAGAGCACAGAAAUAGGCUUCUAGCAGACAUCAGAGGCUACAAGCCGUAUGCAGACUUGGUUUCAGAAAUUCGUAUUCUUUUGGUGGGUCCAGUUGGGUCUGGAAAGUCCAGUUUUUUCAAUUCAGUCAAGUCUGUUUUUCAUGGCCAUGUGACUGGCCAAGCCAUAGUCGGAUCUGAUACCACCAGCAUUACUGAACGGUAUAGGAUCUAUUCUGUUAAAGAUGGAAAAAAUGGAAAAUCUCUGCCAUUUAUGUUGUGUGACACCAUGGGUCUAGAUGGGGCAGAGGGAGCAGGACUGUGCAUGGAUGACAUUCCCUACAUCUUAAAAGGUUGUAUACCAGACAGAUAUCAGUUUAAUCCUCGUAAACCAAUUACACCUGAGCAUUCUACUUUUAUCACCUCUCCAUCUCUGAAGGACAGGAUUCACUGUGUGGCUUAUGUCUUAGACAUCAACUCUAUUGACAAUCUCUCCUCUAAAAUGUUGGCAAAAUUCAAGCAAGUUCACAAAGAAGUAUUAAACUGUGGUGUAGCACAUGUAGCCUUGCUUACUAAAGUGGAUGAUUGCAGUGAGGUUCUUCAAGACAACUUUUUAAACCUGAGUAGAUCUAUGACUUCUCAAAGGCAGGUCAUGAAUGUCAAUAAAAUGCUAGGCAUUCCUAUUUCCAGUAUUUUGAUGGUUGGAAAUUAUGCUUCAGAUUUGGAACUGGACCCCAUGAAUGAUAUUCUGGUCCUCUCUGCACUGAGGCAGAUGCUGCGGGCUGCAGAUGAUUUCUUAGAAGAUUUGCCUCUUGAGGAAACUGGUGCAAUUGAGAGAGUGUUACAGCCCUGCAUUUGAUAUAAGUUGCCUUGAUUCUGACAUUUGGCCCAGCCUGUAUUGGUGUGCCUCAAUGAGAGUCAAUCUCUAUUGACAGCCUCCUUCAGAUUUUGCUUUUGUUCAUUUUGCCUUCUGUCCUUGGAACGGUGGUAUCUCAAGUUCAAAGGCCAAACCUGAGAAGCAGUGGGCUAAGAUAGGUCCUACCACAAACCACCCCUCCAUAUUUCUGUACCAUUUACAAUUCAGUUUUCGGUGACACCUUCUUAAACCACUCCAGGAAAAAUGAGAUAUUCUCUUAUUUAUUCUUCUAUAGCACUCUAUAUAGAGCUAUGUGAGUACUAAUCACAUUGAAUAAUAGUUAUAAAAUGAUUGUGUAGACAUCUGCUUUCUUAAAUAGAUUGUGAGUUCUUUGAGAAACAGUGUGGAUUUUACUUAUCUAUGUAUUCACAGAACUUAGCACAGUGCCUGGUAAUGAGCAAGCAUACUUACCAUUACUUUUCCCUCCCACCCUCUCCAACAUCACAUUCACUUUAAAUUUUUCUCUACAUAGAAAGGAAAACUAGCCUGGGCAAUAUGAUGAAACCCUAUCUCCACU